AUAAACUGUUACAUUACUCGGUGCAAGUAGAUUUGAGUUCCACUCUUCCAUCAGUCAAUUAAAGCCAUAGUCCGAAGAACCAGUCAUUGCCCGUUCGACUUGGUGGCGACUAACAAUUGGGACGUCGAAGUAGUGACUCGAUGAUCCUCGUUACAACGGAUUGUGCGAGACGUGAGAAAUAUUUAUAUACUGCCAAAGGAAUCCAGUGCCCUUUUUUUAUCGUUCUGUGCCAAGUAAUCGAUGCACGCAAGCACAUGGUCUUGUUAGUGAUUUUGUUUAUAAGACAAUGCGAUUGAAUGUCAAUUACUGGGAAUAAAAUGGCGAAAGAAUUAUUAAGUACUAGAAAGGACCAUGUAUAAGACAACUUAAGAAUAAUGCCAGUGAGUGAUGUGGAAGCGGAGAAGAUCGCUGAGCAUCUGUAUGUGAAUAAUAAGUGAAAAGAUACAAAAGGAGUACUGCCAUUAUGGAAAAAAAUCAAAAGAAAAAUACGCCCGAGAAUCCUCGGAAAAAUGCAAAUCCUAUUUCUGUUAUUACUUUCGCUUGGAUCCUGAAGACGUUCAUUUUGGGCUACCAGCGAGACUUGGAAAUGUCUGACUUGCAUACACCACUCGAUGAACAUUCCAGUAGCCAGUUGGGCGAGAGAAUUGUACAGAUUUGGGAGGAAGAGGAGAAACAAUGCGCGGCUAAGAAAAAUGGCUCUCAUCCGAGCUUAUUGCGUGUAUUGAUGAAACAAUUCGGUCCGAAAAUUAUGCUGUAUGGUGUAAUGGAGGCUGUGCUGGAACUUCUGAUUAAGAUUCCACAACCGUUGGCACUUGGGAGACUCUUACACUGCUUUACCCAAGACCGGAACACGAAUGGUGUUGAAAAUGAAGCGUACAUUUGGGCCGGAGUAAUGGCUACUUUUGGUUUGCUCAAUUGUUUCGUAUCGCAUUCAUCCCUACAAGGUAUAAUGCAUAUGGGAAUGAAGAUUAGGAUUGCCUGCAGUACGUUAGCAUACAGAAAAAUUUUGAGGCUGUCUAAAAUUUCACUUGUCGAGACUACGGUUGGGCAGGUGGUCAAUCUUCUCAGUAAUGAUGUCAAUAGGCUCGACUAUGCCGUAUAUUUUUUCCAUUACAUUUGGUUAGGUCCACUUCAAAGCUUAGUGAUAACAUAUUUCAUAUAUCAAGAAGUUGGAUGGUCUGCGGUAGCUGGCAUGUGUACUUUGUUAAUUUUUGUACCUCUACAAGGAUACCUAGGGAAAAAAACAUCAGAAUUAACACUGAUGUGUGCCUUACGCACGGACGAGAGACUGAGAUUGAUGAAUGAAAUUAUUAAUGGGGUGCAGGUCAUCAAGAUGUAUACAUGGGAAAAGCCAUUUUCGUAUCUGGUUGCAAAGGCACGAAGAAAAGAAGUGAACGCUAUACAAAAAAAUGCUAUUGUACAGGGUACUACUUUGUCAUUUGACAUGUAUGUCCCACGUCUUGGACUUUUCGUAACCAUUUUGAUUUACAUACUUCAAGGCGAAAAUAUUACAGCUGAGAAAGUCUUUAUGAUAACUGCAUUUUAUGAUGUUCUUCGUAUGAGCAUGACUAUUGCAUUUCCACUAAGUAUUAAUCAAAUUGCUGAGUCACUAAUAUCAAUACGACGUCUAGAAAAAUUCUUGCUUCACAAAGAGGUGGAGAAACAUGUUGUGACUGAUUACGAAUAUAAACCUAAGCAAUUUCUGGCGUCACCAGUUGCCAUAUCUCUUACAAACGCUACAGCCAAGUGGAUUACUGAUAUUAAGGAUGAUACACUGACUAAUAUUAAUCUAACUGCAAAACCUGGUCAAUUAAUAGCUAUAAUAGGCCAAGUAGGAGCGGGCAAGAGUAGCCUUCUUCAAGUUCUACUUCGCGAGCUACCCCUUCAAAGUGGAACUAUAGAAACUUAUGGAAAAAUCGCAUACUCUAGCCAGGAGCCAUGGCUAUUUGCCUCCUCAGUUCGACAGAACAUUUUGUUCGAUCGUCCAAUGGAUAAAGUGCGUUAUGAUAAUGUAAUAGAUGUUUGCCAACUAAAAAGAGACCUAACUUUGUUUCCUUAUGGUGAUAAAACAAUUGUGAGUGAACGCGGUAUCAGUUUGAGUGGUGGCCAACGUGCUAGAAUCAAUUUAGCUCGAGCUGUGUAUGCUGAGGCUGAUAUAUAUCUGCUGGAUGAUCCACUUUCUGCGGUCGAUGCUCAUGUGGGAAAACACAUCUUUGAACAGUGCAUAGAUGGAUACUUGAAAGGAAAAACUAGAAUUCUGGUGACGCAUCAAUUUCAAUAUCUGAAGAACGUCGAGCGUAUCAUAAUUAUGAACAAUGGUGCUAUACAGGCUGAUGGUAGCUUUGACGAAUUACAAGCAUCUGGAUUGGAUUUGACUAAAUAUCUGGAAUGUGUCGAAGAAGUUCAGGAUGAAGUUGAAAAUACGCGAAGGAACAGUAAACAAUCCUUGUCUUUGAGUAUCAGAUCAGAAGAGGCUCUACAGGAUGAUCCUGUUGAGGUUGCAGAGUCUAGAACUAUUGGACGCAUUACUGGAACAGUUUAUGUAUCCUACUUCAGAGCAGCUGGAAACACGUGCCUUGUAUUGUCUAUGUUUGUUAUUUGUAUACUUAAUCAAACUAUUGCUAGCGGCGGAGAUUACUUCAUCGCGUAUUGGGUUAACGUUGAGGAAGCAUUCGUGAAUCAUACGAAUGGGACUACGAAAACAGAAUGGCAAUCGUUUCUUUCCCGAGACUGGUGCAUUUACUUAUACAGUGGUUUUACUGUAGCUACUAUAAUAUUGACAUUUUUAAGAACUUUCGCCUUUUUUGGAGUUUGUAUGAGAUCUUCAAGAAAAUUACAUGCUGAUAUGUUCUAUAGUAUCAUCCGUGCUACUAUGCGAUUUUUCAAUUCCAAUACAUCAGGAAGGAUUUUAAAUAGAUUCUCCAAAGACAUGGAAGCUGUGGACGUAAGAUUGCCUAUGGGUAUGAUCGACGUUAUACAAGUUAGUCUACUGGUAAUUGCUGUGAUCAUUAUAGUUGCCUCUGUAAAUCCAUGGUUGAUGAUUCCCACAGCCUGUGCAGGAUUAAUAUAUUAUCUAUUAGCAAUAUUUUACAUUAGUACCAGUCGUAGCGUGAAACGUUUAGAGGGCAUAACUAGAUCUCCAGUGUUUGGUCACAUCAGUGCAACUCUUCAAGGUUUAGCAACUAUCAGAUCAUUCGAUGCUGAAAACACAUUAAUAUCUGAAUUCGAUAGCCAUCAAGAUCUUCACUCUUCUUCCUGGUUCAUCUCUAUAUCUGGUUCAAGAGCCUUUGCGUUUUAUCUUGAUAUAGCUUGUCUAUUUUAUACUACCACAAUCACCUUCAGUUUAGUACUGCUUAGUAGUUCCAUAUAUGUGGGUAACCUGGGUUUGGUAAUCAGCCAGUGUAUCGGACUCACAGGAAUAUUACAAUGGGGCAUACGUCAAGUAGCUGUAGUGGAGAACCAAAUGACGUCCACUGAAAGGAUCCUGGAAUAUUGUAAAUUAGAGCAAGAACCACCAUUAGAGAGUACACCUGAUAAUAAGCCAAAUGAGAAUUGGCCAACGGAAGGACGUGUGCAAUUUAAAAACUUGUACCUCACAUAUAUUCCUGAAGAUCCUCCAGUGCUGAGAAAUUUAAAUUUUAUAAUAAUGCCACGUGAGAAGAUAGGAAUCGUUGGUAGAACUGGUGCUGGAAAAUCAUCUUUAAUUGCCGCUCUAUUUCGAUUAGCACCUAUCGAAGGAGACAUUUUGAUUGACAAUGUGUCAGCAAAAUCUUUGGGAUUGCACGAUCUUCGUUCAAAGAUUAGUAUUAUUCCACAAGAGCCUGUGCUUUUCUCAGGAACAGUACGAAGAAAUUUGGAUCCUUUCGAUGAGUAUUCGGAUGAUUUACUUUGGCAGGCUCUUGAAGAGGUUGAACUGAAGGAAAUUGUGAACGAAUUGGCAGCUGGUUUGAAUACAAAAUUACAAGAAGGUGGUUCGAAUUUCAGUGUGGGGCAGCGGCAGUUACUUUGUUUAGCUAGAGCCAUUGUUAGGAAUAAUAAAAUUUUGGUGCUUGAUGAAGCUACAGCUAACGUAGAUCCACGGACUGAUUUUCUUAUUCAAAAAACCAUUAGAAGAAAAUUUGAAAAUUGUACAGUACUUACGAUAGCACAUAGACUGAAUACGGUUAUGGAUAGCAGUAAGAUUCUGGUUAUGGAUGCAGGAACCAUGGUGGAAUUCGAUCAUCCAUUCACUUUGUUGCAAAAUAAACAUAGUUUGUUCUAUAAUAUGGUUCAACAAGUUGGACACGCAGUGGCUGAAACUCUCACAAAAAUAGCAGAAGAUAGUUAUCAUUUAAGGAAAUGUCAAUAAUAUUCGAAGAUGCGUAUGAAGUAUGAAUAAUUUUCAACAAAUGGAUUGUGAUGAGUUGAAAGAGCUUCCAGGAGCAGCGAACAUAAUGAUAGUCAUAUAUCUUAUAUGAUUUUACUAUUUUUUUCCAUGCUAGUGAAUUACUUAUACC